CUCCCAUGAUUUUUUCAUACCGACAAAAAAGCUUCUUGAUAAUUUCUUACUUUGUCUAGAGAGAGAAAAAAAAUCAAAAGUAAAAAUCUCAUUUUCAUCCUCUCUGGUCAAAUUAUUGAAAUUCUCUGCUUUUUUUUUUCAUCAAUCAUAUCAAGACCCAGUAAAAAUGACAACCUCAAGACGCCUUGCUGACAGGAAGAACCAAAAGUUCCAGAAGAACGUUACUAGGAGGGGAGCCGUUCCUGAGACAACUGUCAAGAAGGGGAACGACUAUCCUGUUGGACCUGUUCUUUUGGGCUUCUUUGUAUUUGUUGUCAUUGGUUCCUCUCUGUUCCAGAUUAUUAGGACUGCCACAAGUGGAGGAAUGGCUUAAUCACAAUGUGUUCUUUCAUGUUCCCAACUCUUGUGCUUAUAGUCUUCACAAUAGAAAUCGAGAUGUUCUUUUGAUUUCCUUACUCUUGUGCUUAUAGUCUACACAAUAGGAAUCACUAUGUUUGUACGAACUGUGUUAUUCAAAACCAGAUUUUGAAUUAAGAUUCAGUAAUACACAUUCUCUAAACUACUAGUUUAAGAUCGA